CGUACCCGAACGAACAGACUUCACCGAUAGGUAAUUUGAGAAGAGAACAGAUAGCUAAAGGCAUGGGAAGACUGUUGUGAUUGAUGCAUCGAUAUGUCGGUUAGGUCUUUCUGCGGUGUGAAUUGCCGGUUGACAUUCCUUUUGCCAUGCAUUUGGGUGAGAUUUGGUCAGACCCUAGCAGCUAUAGCCCUAGCACUUUCCUGCUUUUGUGAUGUUUGUGGCCCAAGCCAUUGCGGCUUGAAUUUCACCAGAGAAGGUGUGUUAAGAGUCGCAGAUGUUUUUAAUGCGACAGGUGGCACCAGUUGUGUUCGUCAUAAGCUGGCAGCUUUGGCACCUGGCCGCGGGUGCGUCCUGGCAAGAGCACCUCUUGGAAGGGGUGACAAUUGCAGCUCGCAAACGCUCUGCCUCGGCUACCCCAGCACUCUUGGAACGCUUGAGCCGUGCCGAUACCCGCGCCUUCCUCGCAGCUUGCUGUCCGCAGGUGGCCAAUUGGUCUGCCCAGGAGCUUGCUGAGGAGUUGCGGCGCAGAGUUCUUGCCGCGGAGGUGGUCAGCGGCUUCAAGACUGAUGAGGUUCCGUUCUUGAAAUGGUCUCAUUAUGAGAACUGGUGGGAGCGAUGGUUCAAGAAUCCUCAUCGCUCCAAUGAGAAGUUCGACAGGAAGCGCUGGAUGGACAGGGUGGAGACCACUUUCUACGGAUUCAAACCAUUUCAGCAUCCUUAUCCAAAUGAAGCGGAUGCCAAUGCAAGGAGUCAAUAUUUCCUAUUGAAUUCUCUGCGCCUUGACGAGGGUUCACCCCUCUAUGGAGACCUGAGCUUGGUCUUGUUGCCGAGCUUUGCGCAUCGUGCGUCCGUGAUCUCACCCUUUGAUACUGGCAGUCAUUGCGGGUUCUGCGAGCACUGCUUUGACAUGCCCAACAGCUUUCAUCACAAUUGCAGCUCAUCUCCUGGCCAUGCCGGAUUGGGCACUUUUGAGGCCUUUGAUCACCUUUUUGGCAUCAAUGAAGCUUUUUGGGCGACGUCCGAAGCCUUUCUGCAACCCUUGGGACGCCUGUUUGGAAGCGUCACCCUGACAGGGGCUGACCUGUUGCGCUACUUCGAAGUGAUGCCCACAGCGCAGGUCCAGUUCCCCAAACAUGUGAAGUUGGUCAUUGCAAGCAUUCCCAGUCUCUUCGGCACUUUGAAGGGUGAACAAGUCCGAUUGUGGUGCGAAAGACAUGGCUGGCCCUUGGUUUGGUCUUUGGGACUGAAUUUAGAUUAUCCAGCCGAUCAAGGCAAGUCACAUUUCUGGGAUAUACUGCAUGAAGAAGGCCCCUUCCAGAGCAACCACAGGUUGCUGGAUCCAAAGCUCCUAGAAAGUAGUGGCCUGAUGACACCUGGGUACCACAGAUCUGGAAUUGAGUCCGAAGUCUUUGAAGAUACUUGGCGUACGAUCAAAUCCAUACGGCUUGACGCCCGGCUUCCACCAAUACCUGAAGACUUCCAACAUCUUUGGAAGGUCUUGGUGCAAAGAUUACCAGAUCUGCAGAUCGAACCUGCUGGAACGUUUUGUCCUGAUUUGGAUCACUGCGUGGGGGUGACAAAGCAUGGAUGUGUCUGCAAAGUGGAGGCAAGCAUGUACAGUGCAUCAUUUGCUGUCUCUCGCUACUUGUAUUUGGCCAGCUUCCUUUGCCUAGCAGGUCUGUGGUUGUAAUAGCGUUGUUCUUGGCUGGAUUUGCUGGUUUGCUUUCUGG